AUGUCUGGGCCUCGCCAUCAUCUCGGAACCCAAGCAGACCCAAUCACCCUCUCCGAUAGCGAUGACGAGCCCGCACCCGCGCGCACACCGCGGCGCCCCCGUCGCGUGACCGGGUUGCGCGCCGAGCCCGCAGCCAUGCCCACGACAUCCGACUCGGACUCGGAUGCAAACGACCUUGCGGCGCAGCUCAGCAAGAUGCGCGCCCGCGAGCGAGGCGACGUAGCAGGCCCGAGCGUGCUCGCCCAGGCGCUUGUCACCGCGACACACAGCACGCAACAAAACGGACACGCGCAGGCCACUUUCACCGACCAGGACAAGGGCAAGGGCAAGCAGCGCGAGAUCCCCGCCGCACCAGCGCAGCGCGCGAUGCACGACUUCUUCUCCAGUAAUGCCGACGCUGGGCCGUCGCGCAGCCCCAUAGUCAUCGACUCGUCGGACGGCGACGACAAGCCUGCGCCUGUUGAGCGCAAGAAGCGUCACCCGACGAGCGAGUCUCCGCUGAAGAAGAGGAAGAGGCGCCGCACGUUCGAUGGAUUCGAGGAGGGCACAGCCCUCGGCACAUGGGGCAACUUUGAGCCGCUCGUGGUCGAGCGCAGGCCCCCACCGCCCAAGGACCCCAGCCCGCCCGGUCCCAAACUGGGUGAGUGGGGAAACUUUGAACGUCUGGAAGCCCCAGCCCUUGCGGCGGCAAACAAGAGCAAGGGCAAGGGCAUAGCCCCGCAGCCCGAGCGCGCGCCGACCCCCGAGCCACCCGCGCCCGUCCCCAUAAGCAAAGGCAUGACAGCGCGCAAGUCGACCGGCGGCAAGCGACCAACAGGCAUGCGGAGCUACGGCGCACGGGGCCUUCCCCAAACGGAGGAGGAGGUAACCUCGCCCUUUACGCUCCAUCCCACCGCCUCCGCCGCGACGCACGCCGAUGUCCAGCCGCCGGCCGGCAGCGCGCAGGUGGCAGCGACGACGCGCACCGGCCCAUCGUGGGUGACGCAAGACACGCCGAGCGACAAGGCUCCGUCCCGUUCAGUCUCGCGCCCAAGUUCGACGUCUCGCCCAACUUCAAAUCGGCCGUCCCCCGAGGCAGGCCCCUCUGCCCCGAAGUCAGUUUCCCCCGCACCUGUGCCAGCCUCACCGAAGAUCAUUCCGGCGCCCUCCAGGCUAGGAUCCACGCCUCCUCUGCCCCGCGAGACGAAGAGCCCCACGCCCGUGAAGAUGGAGGUCGAUGAAGUGCCGCUCGACAGCAACGGCCUCUCCGACUUUUCUCAAGAGGAAGCGCCAAUCCCACCCCUGCCAUCGACCAGUCUCUUUUCCACACCCCCGUCUGAUACUCCUGGAAGUGAUGCGCCAAUAUCCCCACUUCCAGGGAGGAGUAUUGAAACUACUCCCAUACCGAUGCUGCAGCCCGAGCAAAGCAGUCACGAAUUCGAAAUAGCUGACAGCUCUGAGCAUCGCGACUCUGAUAAAGCAGCUAAGCCUUUAGACGAUACCCGCCCUCGCAGCCCCCAGUCGCGCGAUGCCUAUCGCGCCAACAACAUGGACUCUGCCGACGCUAGUUCGAGUGCACACUCCUUUGUCUUUACUGACACGUCCCCUGAUGAAGCGGAGCCCGGCGUCAGUGGCGCGACUGAGGGGAUGUCCGUGGAAAUGACAACCUCACAGGCGGAACCGACGAAGGCCAGAGCAGCUGAGGAGAAAGGCAAGGGGCGACCAAUAGAGCCAUUGUUCCCCGAGUGGGAGGCCGGGCCAUUGGAGCCGAGGGCCGCUCGUCGGCGUUCUCGCUCUUCCGCGUCGUAUGAGGAGGUUGUUGUCACACCAUACGCUGGCCAUCUUGAAAAUCCCAUCGAGAUCUCAGACGACGAAGAGGACGUUGCCAUAACAGCCCGCGUCAGCCGUCAGCAGUGGGAGCAACUCUUUGAGAACGCCCAGCGGCAUACGGACGGAGAAGGGCUGUUCCAGGGGAAAGACUCUGUGGAGGCCAGCGAGCUAGCGCCGCCUGGUAUGAGGGGUAGGGCGAACCGCAAGCUGGACGCACGCCUCAUCGACCAGUACCAUCGGAUAGUAGAGAAGCACGCGAUCCCGAACAAUGCGUUGCAUCGCGAACUGUUCGAGACGUAUAUGUCAAUCUCGACCGCCGAGGACGAGCCGAAUGCCCCGACGAUAAAGGUCGUGAACAUGGUUGACGGAGCGCCGCCCGAUUUCGAGUUUCAGUACUCCAACCAAAUGCUGUAUACGGAUUCGGUGCCGGAGCCGGAGCUCGGCCAGGGCUGCGGCUGUGAAGGGCCGUGCGACCCGACUUCGACGACGUGCUCGUGUGUCAAGCGCCAGCAACUGUACUUUUACAACCUCGAAGGCUACAGUGGCUUUCAGUACAAUGCCGACGGCACGAUCAAGAAUCCCGAGUGCCCGAUCUGGGAGUGCGGCCCGAACUGCGGCUGUCCGCCCGAGUGCAUGAACCGCGUGAUCCAGCGGGGCCGGAGCAAAGACACGGCGAUCGAGCUAUUCAAAACGCGCCACAAAGGCUGGGGCAUUCGGGCGAAGAGCCUGAUCAAGCAGGGCACAUUCAUCGGCGUCUACUCUGGCGAGCUCGUCACGGAGGCCGAAACCGAGGUCCGCGGCCGCGUGUACGAGAAGGUCGGGCGGACAUACCUCUUCGACUUGGACGGGUACCACAUCUCGCACCCGCCCGAGGGCCUCAAGGACAUUGAUGGCCGCGCGUACGAGCUCGCCAUGACGGUCAAAGCUCGUGCGCAGAAAUUCAAGGAGAGAGAGUUGAUGGAGCGGGGGCUCAUUUCUCAUCCUUCCGAAGCCGCCUUAAUUGACGACGACGACUUUGAGUUUUCAUACUCGGCAUACUCUAUUGAUGCGUUCCACUAUGGCUUUACGCGCUACAUCAAUCACUCAUGCAACCCGAAUCUCGUGACGUCGCAAGCGUAUGUGAAGGACGUGCACCCCGAGCGCCCACUACUCGUAAUUUUUGCGCGCUUCGACAUCCGCCCCGGGGAGGAGAUGUGCAUCUCGUACAAAGGCUUGCCGGACUACUCGGUCGAAGCGCCGCGCGUGACGGGCAGCGCGCGCAAGAACAAGACGAGCGCACAGGCGCACGUGAGCCCGAAGGCUGUGGGCGGGAGAAAGGGCGGCGAGUGCAUGUGCGGGAUGCGUAAUUGCGACGGCUACAUGUUCCCGAGGUAG